UGGGUGCUAUGCUGCUGCGGUCCCUCCGUGGUUGGGCUGCGCGGCGGCUACGCAGCACGGUCCCUGGGAGCCCCGGGAGCCCCGGCAAUCCCGGGAAUCUCGAUUCGGGUGCUGGGCCGCUGUGGGCACCUCGCCGCGCCUGGCCUCCGGAUAAAGACAGAGAGAAUGAUAAAGAGAAAAAAGCAGUGGUCUGUGUUGAGGGCAACAUUGCGAGUGGGAAGACGACAUGCCUGGAGUUCCUCUCCAAUACACCAGACGUUGAGGUGUUAAUGGAGCCUGUGCUCAAGUGGAGAAACGUGCGUGGCCAUAAUCCUCUGGGUCUGAUGUACCAGGAUGCCAGUCGAUGGGGCCUCACACUACAGACUUACGUGCAACUCACUAUGCUGGACCAGCACACUCGCCCUCAGAUGUCACCUGUACGGUUGAUGGAAAGGUCAAUUUACAGCGCAAGAUACAUUUUUGUAGAAAACCUGUAUAGAAGUGGGAAGAUGCCCGAGGUUGACUAUGUGAUUCUGUCUGAGUGGUUUGACUGGAUCAUCAGGAACAUAGAUGUGUCCGUUGAUCUGAUAGUGUAUCUUCGAACCACUCCUGAGAUCUGCUACCAGAGAUUAAAGAUGAGGUGCAGGGAAGAGGAGAAAGUCAUUCCAAUGGAAUACCUCAGUGCUAUUCACCGCCUCUACGAGGAGUGGCUGGUCAAUGAUAGCCUUUUCCCAGCGGCAGCCCCUGUUCUGGUGAUUGAGGCUAACCACAACUUGGAGAAAAUGUUAGAACUCUUUGAACAAAACCGGGCCCGAAUAUUAACUCCAGAGAAUUGGAAGCAUGGCCCGUAGGACCGGGGCACUCUACGAGACAGUGCCGGGAGCAGCCUAGCAGGGCCUGGGUAACAUUCGGGAGCAUUCGGAAGAAUCUCCUCUCAGGAGAGUCUGUUACCUUGUCAGAUCUAUUCUCGUAAUGGUCUUUUCAUUAUGGGACAAAUGGCUUUUUCUGUCAGGUCCUUGCAGCACACAUUCCCCACCCGGGCAGCUUUCUGACACUGAAGCUCUUUGUCAAAAAUACUUGCUGUGUCCCUGGUGUUGUUCUGGGGUCUGUGUAUCAGGCCACCUGGUGGGGUGGGAGAGCAGGCUUCCAUCCCAGGCAAGGAUUUGAAGCUCAGAAAGGCACAGGACUCUUCAAGGUCACACAGCCAGUGCAUGGCAGAGCUGGCACCAUUUAGACACCUGACUUGGGUUGCCUCUUCUUGAGCCAUUUCCCACAGCACUGCUGCUCUGAGCUCCAGCCCACCAGGUCUUCAUGAGAAGAGCUAACAGUAUGUGGAUUCCAUCAUAUGUCACUACUGGGCAAGUUUCAAGGAGAAUAGACAUCACUAGUCUUUGUACACCUCUGUUAUUUGGCAUGAGCCCAGUGUUUCCUGGUGUGACGGUGCUGUAGCCUCUACCCUUUGUCAUCUGGACCUCAGUGUCUAUAGGGGAAUCCCGCACUGGCCUUUGGAUGGUGCCAGUGUCCUUGAGGAUGAAGGUCCUUCCCAGAUUGCUGCCAGUUUCAUGUCAUUCUGUGUCAGGAAAAAAGGCUUUUGGGAUCUGGACACUUUGCCCUGUGCUGAGUGAGGCCAAAGGCAGCCAGCUGGGCUUCCAAGGCCCCAUCACUUUCUCCUGUCCCUAUGUGAGGAGAGUGCCCUUGGAAUCACUGAGUGCUUGUGCUCCAGGGAGAGGGACACAGUGGCCUUAACGCCUUGGAAGUGUUUUUCCAUCUGAGCGGAUGUCUUGGACCACAGAGCAUGAAGCCAUCUCUAUUAGAUCAGAAACUGUCUUAGCUUUGCUUGGCCAUAACUGUACUGAAGGUGCAGCUGCUGCUUGAACCAAUUGAGACCAAGAGAAAGAAAGAACAUUCCUCGGGGCUAGUGGAGCUGGACAGUCAGGGCUUGCCAACAAAGGCAUUUGAAGCCUGGCUGCUCUUAACAUUCUGGAGUGGACGGAGCGCCUCAGGAGAAGACUGGCUGAGGUGGACUCUGGAGAAACAGUGCAGUGGGCUGCAGAUGAGUGCCAGCUGGGCCUGCUCUGGCUCUCUGUAAGGGCUGGGUAUGCCUGGUGGCCAGAGAGAGGGCCAAGAGUCCAGCUCUUGGUCCUUAAUAGUUUGGACCAAUUCUUGGGCCCUUUCUGUAGUAUGAGGGAUAGCACCUAAGGGGACUGUUCAUCAGCACCUGCAGUCCAGUGAGGCAUAAGCCAUAAACUUGAGAAAGGCAGGAACCUUGGCAUCAGCAGUCCUGACAUAGGGGCAUCUUGAGAAUUUGCAAAUGAACAGUCUAGUGCUUGCUGUCUGCUCAACCAGAGCACCUGUGUGGGGAGAGAUGUGAUGUUUCUCUUGCUAUGUGGCAAAUAAAUUCUACAUCUCAGUCCUGA